CCCUUUACUCCAUACUUCAUAAUUACUUUUCCCACGUUCUUGGCUUCCAACAAGAACAUCUAUUAUAUAUAUGAGAAGAAUAGUAUGUAAUAAAUAGUAACAGCAACAAGAUCCCAAUCUUGGUCAUUCCCAUUAACAAGAAGACGAAGAAGAAGAAAACUGAACAAUAUGGUCACCGCCACCGCCAGGCCAGCUGUAACCGGCGUCAGGAUGUCGUCGGUGGUGCCAGCGUCGGUGACCGGAGAGAACAAGGACCGACGUCUCACCGGCUUGGACCUGGCCAUGAAGCUCCACUACAUCAAGGCGGUCUACUUCUUCGACGAGAAGGCGGCGGAGGGGCUGACGAUUUACGACAUGAAGAAGCCCAUGUUCCCUUGGCUCCAGCUCUACUACCCUGCCGCCGGCAGAAUACGCCGGGGGACGAAGAGCGGCGGCGGCGACGAGGGAAGAGGAGAGGAGGGGAGACCUUUCAUCAAGUGCAACGACGGCGGGGUCAGGAUCGUCGAGGCGUACUGCCCCGAUUGUACGGUCGAGGACUGGCUGCGGCUGCCGACGGCGGAGGAAGAUCGUGACGGUGGUUUUAGGGAUGAUGAUUGGUUGGCGUUUGAUCAAGUCCUGGGCCCUGAUUUGGGCUUUUCUCCGCUCGUUUAUGUUCAGUUUACUUGGUUCAAAUGCGGCGGCCUUUCAGUGGGCCUCAGCUGGGCUCACCUGCUUGGCGAUCCAUUCUCAGCCUGCGCCUUCAUCAACACUUGGGCCCAACUGCUGCACGGCCGAGCCACUCCUCUUUCUCUCCACCACCCGGGCUUCAAGGAUCCAUCCCCGCCGCCACUUCACCGGCCCAAGAAGAACCCGUCCUCUCUGAAACGGGUCGACCCGGUCGCCGACUCCUGGCGACCUACCUCCAACCCCAACGCCGCCACCACAAGGACUCACACCUUCCGCCUCACAGCUCAGCAGCUAAACGACCUCGCAUCCGCCGCUACCUCCGCUUCCACCGCCAAGAUCUCCCGUUUCGAUCUCCUUGCGGCGAUCCUAUGGAAAUCUGUGGCCAAGAUCCGAGAGGCGACGACGGUGACGAUCUGCUGGAACAAAUCCCCGGCCAGGGAGCGGGAGCUUCCGAGCAACAGAAUGGCGGUGGGAGCGGUCCGCGCCGAUUUCGCGGUCCGCGCCGAUUUCGCGGUGGCGAAGUGCGAGGUGUCCGAGCUGGCGGAGUUGAUUGCGGAGAGGAAGGAAGACGAGAGCGAUUCGAUCGAGGAAGCGAUGUCCGGCGGGGAGUUCGAUUGCGUGGUGUACGGAGCGAAUUUGACAUUUGUGAACCUGGAGGAGGCCCCGAUCUAUGAGAUGCAGAUGAAGAAGGGGCGGAAGCCGGUUUUCGCGAAUUACAAGAUUGAGGGAGUCGGCGAGGAAGGGUCGGUGCUGGUGCUUCCUGGCGGCGACGGCGAGAAGGAAGGGGAGGGAUCUGGGAAGACGGUGACCGUUAUGCUGCCGGCGAAGCAGUUGGCCGGGUUGAAGGAGGAUCUAAGGAAGAGCUGGGGAAUUGUAUGAGGUGUUUACUGUUUACUGCCAUGGUAAACAUUGAUUUUGUCGUCUUUUGAUUCCAGUGAUUAUAAUUUGUCAAAAAAGGUAAAAAAGAUUUCAGUGAUUAUAUCAAGAAGUUAAUGGGAGAAGAUUUUUAAUUUUUAAUUUCAAGUGAGCGGUGUGUUAGUGUGUAUCUGAGUUGAGUUUGGCUUGAGUUCAAGUCCUUAACGCUCAUUUUUUAAGAAAAAUUUUAAAGUCUUCCUAUUGGCUGACAGUGGAUUGGGUAGUUAAUGGGAUUAGUAGUUAAUAGGUAGUUAAGGGCAAAUAGGGUUAUGCAAAUAUAAUUAAUUAAUGAUUUUCUUUCUCUCUCCUCCCAUGAUUUUCUCCAUAACCCUCUCUCUACAUUAUAAUUAAAAAGAAAUAUGAAAUUAAUUUUAUUUAAUGUUUAUUAAAAUCCGAAUUUAAUAAUUUUCAUUUUCUAAAAUGAAAAUUUGAAAUUUAAAAUAUAUGCCUCUCUCGCAUCUUGGGAACUUCCGAUUAGUAUUAAGUAUUAAUAUUUUGUAAUGACAUUAUCAAUAUUUAUAAAUUGAAUUAUCAUUAGGGCUUUUUAUGGCAUGGGUUUGAUAUUUUUCGUUGUUAGGUAUUCGUUUGUGUUAUUAUUAAUGUUGUUCGACAUAUUUUUUUAAUAAUUUUAUAUGACAUUAUUAACUUUUUAUGUUAUGUGUUGUUUGUAACAUUAGCAAAAGUGAAAUUGUGUUCUCAAUUUGUUGGUACUCGAAGUUUAUUUACUAUUACAUCGUAUUAUCAAUUUGGUUCGCAAUGAUUUAUAAUCAUUUGAAGUGCUAUUAUCAAUAUUUUUUUCCAAGCACAAUACAACCAUUAGCAAAAAUUUAAUUCAUUUGUAAGAUUGCUUAUGUUUAGUGAUUUGAAUUAUUAAUAUUUUUUCGUUUAUGUUUGUAACUUUGUCAAAUGUCAUUAUCAAGAAGCAUACUUGUUAGAUAUUCGUUUGUUUAUGACAUUAUCAAAAGUGAAUUUACGUUUAAUGAUAUAACUAUGUUUAUUAAUCUUUCAGUCUAAGUUAGUAACGCAGUUGGUGUCAUUAUUAAUAGGCGUGUAUAAGAAUUAUCAAUGUUUGAAAAUAAGAUAUUAAUAAUAUCUAAUAAGGUACUUAACAAUCAUUAGUUUUUAUCAUUAUCAAAGUUUUUGGAUGCAUUAUCUAUUAAACAUAUGUUACUUAUUAAUGCGUUUUUAGUGCUAUUUGACAUUAAACAUUGCAUUAGAAUAUUAUUAAACAUUGCGUUUUCAGUGAGUUGAUGCGAUAUUAAUGGUUUUUAGUAUCUUUAUUAAAAGUUUGAUGUCAUUUAUAAUGUUGAAGUCGGACAUUUUUACAUUGAUGUUUUGUGUUUAUUUUCAAUGAAAUACUUUUCGUUAUCAAUGAUUUAUUGUAUUGUUAUUAAAAGUUUGGUGUUGAGGGGUGAAUGUUGGUUUGCUUGAGCUAAUAUUUUUAUGGACAAUGUAUGUUUGACUGAAUCACACAGGUGCACUAUGUUACAAGUACCCAAGAUUUCGAAAAUUAGUAUUGUGCUUUAUGAUCAUUGAGGAUGAUAAUGUAAAGCAAUAUUAAUUGAUCAUAAAACGUUAAUAAUGUCAUUAGAAAUCAUUGGAAGAGGCCAUGACUAGAUAGUUAUAAACAUGAUGUGAAAAUGUGAAUCAUUAGUAUUAAAGAUGUUGUAAAUCAAUGAUAUUGUUAUUCAAACUAUUUUUUUUUUGAAACUAUUCAAACUAUUAAUUACUAUGUUACAUAACUUUAAUGAUUCAUUCAUAGGCGUUGAUGACGAAACUAUAAAACAGUAACAAUUUAUCCAAAAUUGUUAAUAAUGUAAUUGUAAGGAAUUGAUAAGUAUAUUGAAGUCGUUAAUAAUGAUGAGGUAUAAUAAUAACGAUUCAUUUCAUAAAUGUUGAUAAUGUCA